AUGUCACCUCAACGUUAUAUCGCAAUUACCGAGCGCAAACAGGCUGAGCUCAGUGCUGCUAUACCUGAAGAAUGGCGAUUACAGUCCAAACUCAUUCCGGAAGGAAUGUUGUCUAUCUCGGAGUCCAUUGCUAAGCCGAAAUACCAACGCGUCGGCGUGAUGGAUAUCCCCCGAACAUGUGGUCUCCUCACCACGAAAGAAUUGGAUCUCACCGAGAAUUUUGGUAUCCGAGCAUUGGUUGGCGAGAUGACCGAGGGUCGCGUGAAGGCAGAGGAUGUCGUGCGAGGCUUUUGCAAAAGAGCGGCGAUUGCCCAGCAGCUCACUCGAUGUCUGACGGAGCCCCUUUUCGACCGUGCGCUCCAACGCGCCCGCGAUCUGGAUGACUACCUCCAACGUACAGGCAAACCAAUCGGUCCACUGCACGGCCUUCCUAUCUCUGUGAAGGAUACCUUCAAUAUCAAGGGAGUGGACUCCAGUAUUGGAUUAUCUACAUUAGCAUUCAAGCCGGCGAAAGAAAACGCCCCCCUGGUCGACCUUCUCGAAUCCCUGGGCGCGGUGAUCAUCGCCAAGACAAACAUUCCACAAACCCUCGCCACUCUCGACAGCGCCAAUCACCUCUUCGGGCGCACUCUCAAUCCACUAAACCGCCAAUGGACAGCAGGCGGCAGUACGGGUGGUGAGGGUGCCCUGCUCGCCAUGCGUGGCUCGAUGGUUGGAUUCGGAACCGAUAUCGGCGGCAGUAUUCGUGUCCCUGCAAUGUGCCAGGGGCUAUAUGGCUUCAAGCCUAGUAAUGGCCGUGUACCAUUCGGCGGUCAACAGAAUGGCCAGAUUGAAGGCAAGGGCCGAAUCGGCCUACAAGCAGUUGCAGGCCCGCUGGCUCACUCAGUUGCAGAUAUCAAUGCCAUCAUGGGGGAGAUCGUGCCUCGCGCAGAGUUUUUCGGCGAAGACUGCAUUCCAGGCUUGUGGUCUGCACCGACACCUUCUCGCAAUUUCACUGUCGGAGUUUUGAAAACUGAUGGCUUGGUCACGCCCUUGCCGCCUAUUCUUCGGAUUCUCGAUGAGGUUGCUGAUUCACUCCGUCGUACACCUGGCGUCGAGGUUGUUGAAAUUCCUCUUCCCUCGGCUCUGCCCAAAUGUCAAGGUCUUGCAGGUCGGCUGAUGGGUGUUGACGACGGCUCUCACAUGCUUGAUCUUAUCGAAAGUAUGGAUGAGGAUCUGAUUCCUUGGUUACAGGGUCGGAUGAAGCGUGGCAAGGCUUUGGAUGUAACCCAACUUGCUAAAUUACAGGCUCAACGCGCAGAAGUUGAGAAGGAGAUGAUGAAAAUGUGGACACAAUCAUCAAGUUCUCGAUCCCGACGUAUCGACGCCAUAAUCUGCCCCGUGGCACCACAUCCGGUCCCGGAGAUCGAUCGCUACAAUGCUGUUGGGUACACAUCCACAUUUGUCCUACUGGACUACCCAGCUGGCGUGGUUCCCGUCCGACCCUUUUUGGAUUCCGAUCUUGAAAUCGGUCGGGCAAUGGAUGAUCCUGUUUUGGGAAGCUGGGACAAGGCUAAUAGGAAGCUAUGGGACGAGAAAACAGUAGAUCGUCGCGUGUAUCUCGGAUCGCCCCUCAGUGUCCAGGUUGUCACCCCUAAACAGCAUGAUUACCAGCUAUUCCAGGCAAUUGAACUGGUGGACCGAGCUGUACAAGGCCGAGCGUCGCCCAGCGCCAAGCUUUGA